AUGCUGAGCGAGUUCGAGGGCUUGGAUCGCAGCACGCAUCACAUCAUCACAGCUCUCAAGACCACCGUGUUCAUCUGCAAGUCGGAGGCGCCAAUCACCUCGUACGUGGGCACGAUCAAGUUCAUGGCCGAGCUCGGAGUCCCGAACCUUCCCUUGGAUUCCAAGGGAAACUACUUCUCGGAGGAGGCGUUGGCCGCGAAAGAUGCUGCUGAGAAGGUGACGGAGUUCAACAUCAUAGACCAGGCGGUGCGGAACGUGGCGGAGCAGCUUUCUAGUUGUUUCACUACCAUGUUCCCGGUUGUUGUAAGUGGAGAUUGUUGUACAUCAACCUCUGGCAGCAACUAUUCAUCCCACCCCCACUCCCAGGUUGACAUCACGGUGGUCGCGGGGGAGGUGUCGCUCGCUUGCAGGACAAUCGAGGUGCGUUACGUGGACUGCGAGGAUCGUUUCGGCAACGAUCAGUCGCCCCUGCUCUGCGCGUUCCUGAAGAAGCACGGCAACCCGGAGCACCGCGAAGUCACCGUCAAUGGUGUGGACCAGAACGGAGACGCUGCAGAGCACAAGUUCGUGCUUCACGAGCGCAAGAUCCCAGGCCAUACGACUGGCGGGGACUACUACUCCUGCAAGGCGGUGUGCCAGGAGUUUGCGAGGGUCUGCGUUGCCCGACUGGAGUUCCGCCUGGAAGACCUCAAGGACUUGGCCGGCUCCAAGCUUUUCCGGCCGUCAUGCUAUCCCGACGACAACGAGGAGCGGAUGAAGAAGUGCCGCGAGUGGUUGCGCAUGCUUGACCGCAUGUUUCGCCACCGCCUCUUUGACGUGUUCAAUGCUAGCAAGAAGCGCCGUCCGGGCCAGGAGUUUCUGUAUUGA